AUGCAUCUGGUUGGCACCUGCGUCCUAAGCUUCUCCCUGCUGAUGGCGUCCCCCCUGGUGAGUGCCACUGUGUCCAAAAGCUUCAAAGACUGCAGCCACUUUUUCUACAUGCAGUCACCGCCUGCAGGGAUAAAGGGAACCAACCUGAGGAGGGUCUGCCAGAAGUAUGCAGACAAACUGCGCUAUUCCACGUUGUAUGACAGCAGUCACCACCUCCCCCUCUAUUCAGCAUACAUCUUUAAGAAGUCAGAUGGGAAGAGGAGGAUGGACACGCCAUGGAUGUAUGAACCACAGUUGGUUUCUGAUGAUGACAGUGGCAACAUGAGAGCCAUUCCCCUCACUGAAGACACCCCCCCUCUGAUUGAGGACAGCCAGGCCGUGUUGGAGGACUACACAGACGCUGUAGAAUACAGACGGGGCCCGCUGAAUCCUGACCUGCACCAAUCAGAGCCAGACGACAAAUCCUCCACAUAUACUCUCACCAAUGUAGUCCCAUUACUCACAAACCUCCUGGACGCUUUCUGGAACCCAUACUUGGACAUUAUCCGCCGCCGCCUCAACAACUUCUGCCACGGCAAAUCAUUCAUAGUGACAGGGGUGACUCUUUCUGGAGGGACCCUCCAACGAGAUAACAGGGACCGCUUGGGAAUCCCCAAAUACUUAUGGUUGGCUUACUGCUGCCCGAAGUUUGACCGUAACUCUCCGUAUGAGGUGAGGUUCAUGUUCCCUAGUUAUGGGGGCUAUGCACUGAAUGAGCAGACUGACCACAGUGUGGUGGAGGUCCCUCUGAAGACUCUGGAGAGCUUCCUGAAGAGCCACACAGACAAUGACCUGAACAUUUUCUACAAGGGCUGUGUGUCAGAAAACACCUUUAAGAAGAAGAGAGACUUGACCAGUGUUUCAGUGUGA